AUUCAAAAUCAAUUGCUUCUAGGCUUUCAUUAUUAUGACGUGGAAUGCAUAUCUCAACAUGAAAAUUUCAUUGACAAAAAUACACUCACACUCAUUUUUAGUUUCAAUGGCACAACAGGAGGUCCGAACGGAGGAGUAGAGAAGGAUGCAGCAGCAGCUGUAGCUGUAGCUACCGUGACCUUCACGGCCGUGAAGCCUCAGCUAUCGGUGGAGGCACCGAAGGCAAACGACGCCGUUCAGUUCUAUAAGGCUGUGUUUGGAGCGGAGGAGGUUGGCCGAACCAUGCCCUCUAAGCUUAAUGCCGAGGAAGAUAUCCCUCUCGUUCUCUUCGCUGAAUCCAAGCUCGCUGGCUCCACUAUUUUUCGUAUCUGUGCUCUGCCUGGAGACUGUGACGUCGCUGCUGCUAUUGCUAAGGUCGUGAGCGCCGGAGCUGUAGCUGAGGGAGAGAUCGUUGAGGACAAAGGCGCAUUCGGUGGCAGCGUGGGCAAGGUCACGGACCCGUACGGCUUUGUCUGGCUCAUUUCUUCUCCGCCCAAGAAGCAGGGCACUGGCUAUUCUACUAAUUAAAUAUUUUGCUGUUUAUAUUUAUUAUUUUUUUUUAAAAAGUUUUUUAUUGACUAGUCACUGAUGAUUUGGGGACUCAAUCAAGAAAUGGGCUCUUUCGGCUAUCAGUAUUUGGCUUAACCAAUGGGGUUUUAGGCUCAUGUUUUAACUGACAGUGUUGUCUUUUUAUCUAAUUAUGUUGUUAAUAGUUUAACUCUACUUUUCUUCCCAACUAAUAAGAAGGGUACUUGUGACUUUUUAAAGGAUGAUUUGGUGCCUCGUACAGUGUUUGAUAUAGUGAUGGGGCUGCUUUUGAUAUUUAAUUUA